AUAAAGAUAACUACAACUAUCAAAUACGCUUUCGAACUGAGGACCAAAAUCGACUCAGCAAGUGAAGAAAUCUCGUCCAUACUCUGCAACCUGAUAAGUGCCGAGCAGGUAUGUACUGAUUAUGUAACAUGUAUGUACGGAGUGCGGAGUAUAUAUAGAAGCAAAGAUGUUUCAUUUGUGCCAUUAUUGAUUCUUCUGCGCGAAAGUACUCCGUCCUCUGCAGUUAACUUAGAUCUGACUUUGGAUGAAAGAAACUUGCCACUCGGGCACUUGCAUUUCCAUGCAGAAGACGAUCAUGCAAUUUUAAGUCCGCCCCCAAGGACAAGUGCAGCAUGUAAAAUGUUCUGGUCCGGAUGUUUUGUUUCAUCUCCCCCGAGAAUGGAGGGCCAGAAAUGCGUGAUCUCAGAUAAAACCCCGGCACCAAGGAAGGGAAAAAAAUGUUGUGCCACUUGUGUGGAUUUGUAUGCGAGGACGGGAGUUAAGGCAGACGGGUUGGACCGAUCAUGUAGAAUACCUACCCCGGUAAUCACCUGCAACAGAAAAAAGGUAUCCAUUCGAGAGCUACAGGUAUCUAGGCUUUUGUUCGAGGUCCUGGAAAAUUUCCGCUGGUAGAAACGCAGCUGCUUCUCAGAGCAUCUAUCUAGGACUUUUUCUCCCCAGAGUGGUGUAUCACAUCACGAGUAUCCGUCUGAAAGCGAAGUUCUGUCACACUCAGAUUAAUGGAAUUGUGCAACUGGAUCGAUGUUCCGCAGCCUAGGAGAUUUUGCAGCAAGGCCUCCCUGUCCAAUGGACAUAUGUAUGGAAAGACAUACGGAGUACAUCCAUACAUAAGACGCGAGCUGGAUAAAAGCCAGGGGUAUCCUAUCAGCUCCCAACAUGUUAGCAGAAUGGUUACUCUCGGGGCCUCUAACUAUUCUUGAGAACGAGCAAAGGUUAUAUGACGAGAUGCAAUGCAAAUUCCUUUUCCUUUUUUUUUUAAUUUUUUUUUAUUUUCUUUUGUGUGUGGGUGUUUAUUUUGUCCUGGAGGAGUGAUAUUAAUGAUACCCAGAUCAGUACUCCGUAAAAUGUCACUUUGCUCUGUAAUAUUCACAGGAUUUGGUUUUGUCGAAGUAAUGUUCGAGAAUAAUACCAAGUGCUUACAGAGCUUCAAUACUACUCCGUACAUGUGGCAGAAGACAAGCUUGGAUGGAAAAAAAAAAGGGUCGUAUUCAUGAAGCUCCACAGAGAUCCACAGAGAAGUCCAGUCUCAUUCCAGGCCGUUCGAAGAACCCACAGUGUUGUAUGAAACCGAAAAAAAGAGAGAGAGAGAGAGAGAGAGAGUAGGGAAGGAAAGAGAGAGCGAUCAGAAAUCGAUAGGUGUUUCUUCCGCUUCUGCCUGUGAUGUGCAAG